CAGCAGGUGCGCGCGCGCCUCCCGUCUCCGCUCGCUCAGUCGGUCCUGGUCCGCGCGAGGCGCCCGGCGCGCGAGCUUUCUCUUCCACCGACACCAGAGCAUCCUUCUCGUCUCUCGGUCCUGCUGCCGACGUCUCCUCAGUCCUGUCUCCGGACCGUGAGGACAUUGUUUCCUUGGAUUCCUGGCGUUAGCAUCAUCAGGACCAUCGUCAUGGACGUCCUGGCCAACUACAGCAUCUUCCAGGAGCUCCAGCUCGUCCACGACACCGGCUAUUUCUCCGCCAUGCCGUCUCUAGAGGAGAACUGGCAGCAGACAUGUCUAGAGCUGGAACGCUAUCUUCAGACGGAGCCCAAGCGACUAUCAGAGCUCUUCGAGGAUGAACUGGACCACCUGCUAUCUUCAGACUUCAUGGAAGGACAUGGAGAGGACGAAUCCCUCAACACAUCGCUCUUCAACUUCACGCCAUCACCGCUGGGCCACGACGGAGACUCAAUGACCUCGCCGUCCACACCGGACCCUUCCGACCUCAGCACAGGGGUCGACGUGGCCCAGCUGAACGCGCUCACCUCCUUGACUCCGCCCUCGUCCCCGGAACUGGAGCGGCAUUCCCUCAAGACCUCCCACACCCUGGCCGACGGGACUCUGAUGCUGAAGCUGGCCGUGGCUCGACCGCUCUCACCUGGACCCAGUGAUGGUGAACAGGCGAGCGGAACCUCGGGGGGCAGGGACUCGGCCGACAGCAAAAAAAGGGUGCACCGCUGCCAGUUUGACGGCUGCAGGAAGGUGUACACAAAGAGCUCUCACCUAAAAGCACACCAGAGGACACACACAGGUGAGAAACCCUACAAGUGCUCAUGGGAAGGCUGCGAAUGGCGUUUUGCACGGAGCGACGAACUGACGAGACACUACCGCAAACACACGGGCGCCAAGCCCUUCAAGUGCGCGCACUGCGACAGGUGCUUCUCAAGGUCGGAUCACCUGGCCCUCCACAUGAAAAGGCACGUUUAAUUCAAAGGAGGUUGUGUCCAAGAGGAAACUGGACAGACAUUGAAAAACGAAGGUAUAGACCAAACCUAACCCGGCUACAAGUGGAGCAAACACAAGUCGCACUGGAUCUCGGUUCUGAUUUGGACUGGAGAACCUCAUUAGGAAAUGUAAACCUGGGCAACACACUGAAUCGUGAAGUGUUUUCUCCUGAACUGAACACCACACAGUGUGGAAUGUAUGCUCAUUUGAUAUUGCGUAGUGCACGCCACCGGGGGGACCACCGGAUCGAUAAACACUUCCGGAGCUCUUUUUUUUUCCGAAGGAUGUAAAUAAAAAAAAAUAAAAAAGAUACCUUUUGUUUCGAAGCGAUGAGACUCGUCGUGAUUUACAGGCACAAUUGAGAAAGGUUUGCACAAGUGCAGUCGAGGAUCAAAAGCAGAAAGACAGUUUUAUUACUCCGUAUAUAACCAGGGACGGAAUGUCCGAUUUGAUAUUGUUCAUGUUAUUGCACACGUCUAAAACAGCACUGUUUCUUUAUGCUUCUUGGGUAUUGUUUUAUUUCUUUUUUCUCCAAACCUGCAAGCCUUCCUCCAGGACUAGCAUGAACAAGAACGACGACGCAUCGUUAUGUUUUUGGUUAGCGCAUCGAGCCGGAGCCUUGUAAAUGUUGAGACGUUUAUGAACACUAUAUCACACUUUCACACGUGAACCACACCAAGCUUUUCCGUUCGCUAACGUUUGUAAUCGGAGGUAUGCUGAGCCCUCUCGCAUCCUUUCUGAAUAAAAGAAUAAAUAAAGCAACAGAGAGGGUGUGUGAUACUGCGAUAUUUAAUCCUGGGCUCCUGCUGUUCGCUCAUCUGUCGCUAUCAUGGACUCUAGCCUUUCUAAUGAACUAAAAUGAGAGCCAUCUGACUCCAGAGCUCUCCGGCGUCAGGCUCCUCCUGGCAUCAGGCCAGCGCGGUCACAGCCCAUCUCACCCCAACAAAAUAACAAAGCCACAAGGUCAUCCCAAAACACACACACACACAGUUUCCUUAGAAACUAAAUGCAUUCUAAUCCGAAUUUUAUCAUGCUUUCAUCCUGACCUGAAAGGAGAUAUUUAAUAUGGACAAAGUUUGUGGAUAUCUAAAAAAAUUUUUUCUUUUCGAACAUCCCAUUUCACAUUGAGUUCCCAUUUGCUCUUCUAAUGAGCUCUACUCUUCUGGAAGAUGUUCCACUCUAUUUUGUGGAGAUUUUUACUUAUUCAAAUAAAGGGAUGCCAGCACUGAUGUAGGUGUGGGGUGCAGAAGGCCAGCUCUUCAAUUCAUUCCAAAGGUGUUCAAUAGAGGUUUUAAAGCUCUAUAGCAGGAGAUUCUCCACUUUAAAAUAUGUCAAGCAGAUCUUCAUGGAGUUGUGCACAGGGGUAUUGUCAUGCUGGAAAAGGUUUGGGUCUUUAAGGAAGUGAAAAUGUCAUGCUACUCCAUCCAAAAGCAUAUGACUCCUGCAUAUGGCUGGAAAAAUCAGGUGUACCAAAACCUUUGUCCAUAUAAUGUAAAGUUUUUAAAUCACAUCAUCCUGUAUAGAAGAGUACACCUUUCAGAACAGGUUUUGGAAAAAAGAAAAUGGCAGAAUGCAUUUUCUGCGUGAGAGGAACGUUUUCCAAUAACCACUCUUAAGAGAUUUAUUCAACAUACACUGUAGAAGAAGAUCGUUCCCUCACCUGACUCUCUCCAUUCUCUCUUUUCGCUUCAUCACACUUUACACUCUUUAAAUGUUCAGCUGUUCAGAAAGAUAAUGAGCCAUCAAUUUCCCAUCAAUCGGGUUGCUGAAAAGUAUAAAAUCUAAAGGAAUAUUUUAAAGAAAUGUCGCGAAAUGAAUCAGUUCAAUCGCGAAAGAAAAACCAACCAAUCUUUUAAUGAACGAAUCCAACUUGUUACACAUUCCACAAUAACACUGUAUGUGACAAAAGUUUGUAGACACCUGACAAUCACACCAUGUGCAUUUAAGACAUGUCAUUUCAAAUGUAUUCUCCAUUCGCCUUUAGAAUAAACCUCCAGUUUCCGGAGACAGGGGGGGCAGUCGGUGGUCCGGUUCAUCCAAAAGGUUUUCAGAGGAGGUUAGGCCUGUGUGCAGGAGUUCUUCCAGCACAUCCUUCCAACAUUAUAUCUUGAUGAAGCUCAGGGGCAUUUUCAUUCUGGAAACAGUGUUCAGGCUUCUAAAUUCCAGUGAAGGGAAUUUGUAAUGCUACAGUACAACUGCUACAAAAGGCCAACAUAUAUCUGUGAUCGUCAGGUGUCCACAAACCUUCUAGGAAUAUACUGUAUAAGGUAUAACAUCUCCAUGAGUGGAAAACCAAACUCUAAUCACAGCAUUUGUGUAAUUCUUUUAACAUAAGGCUGGUGUUUGAAACAUGUACACACUAGUGUUUUCGCGUAACCUACCUUCGUUCUCAGCCUGAGGUUCUGCUGAGAAAAUGUAUUUCUCACUCCCAUUUUGUCCUUACGUCUCUCUCUCGUCUCGCUCUCUCGCUCCAUCCGGAUGUUUGCUCAAUUUGCUGUACAGAAGCGUUUCCGAAUAUGAUUUGUAUCACCUGAUGUUAGUAUGACGAUGUUCUAUAUUGAAGAAGACAAAAAAAAAAAAAAAAAACGAGAAAAAGAUCAAGAGUUUAUUUUUGUUACCGGUUUGUUUCGUAAUUCUUUUUAUUAAAUAAAAAUUCGGUAUUGUAAUAUAUCUAUGCAAGAACCGUUAAAGUGAAGCAAUUUGAUUUAAGAAUGUCAUCAUGUGUAAUAAACAGUAGAAACUUACAAA